AUGGUGGCCUUGUCUCUCGCUGUCCUGCGAACAAGCAGGUUAUGCCAAUGGGGCUGGAAGAAUCGGGCGUGGCUGUCUCUGCCGUUCGGUCCGGGAGGCUGGGCCACUUGGGCCCCUGCGCGGACAAAUGCGACGCUGAGCCUGGAACCCGCGGGCCGCAGCUGCUGGGACGAGCCGUUGAGCAUCGCCGUGCACGGCCUGGCCCCCGAGCAGCCCGUCACGCUGCGCGCCGCCCUGCGAGACGAGAAAGGCGCGCUCUUCCGCGCCCACGCGCGCUACCGCGCCGACGCCCGCGGCGACCUGGACCUGGCGCGCGCGCCCGCGCUGGGCGGCAGCUUCUCCGGGAUCGAGCCCAUGGGGCUGCUCUGGGCCUUGGAGCCCGAACGGCCCUUCUGGCGCCUGAUCAAGCGUGACGUGCAGACGCCCUUCGUGGUGGAGCUGGAGGUGCUGGACGGCCACGAGCCCGACGGCGGGCGGCUGCUGGCGCGGGCGGUGCACGAGCGUCACUUCAUGGCCCCCGGGGUGCGGCGCGUGCCCGUGCGCGAGGGCAGUGUGCGCGCCACGCUCUUCCUGCCUCCAGAACCUGGGCCCUAUCCCGGGAUCGUGGACCUUUUUGGAGUUGGAGGUGGCCUUCUGGAGUACCGAGCUAGUCUGCUGGCUGGGAAGGGCUUUGCUGUCAUGGCUCUGGCUUAUUAUAACUACGAUGACCUCCCCAAGGGCAUGGAGACCAUGCGCAUAGAGUACUUUGAAGAAGCCGUGAACUACCUGCUCAGCCACCCUGAGGUAAAGGGUCCAGGAAUUGGGCUGCUUGGCAUUUCCAAAGGGGGUGAACUUGGCCUUGCUAUGGCCUCCUUCCUGAAGGGCAUCAAAGCUGCUGUUGUCAUCAAUGGCUCUGUGGCUGCUGUUGGGAACACCAUAUACUACAAGGAUGAGACUAUACCCCCUGUGUCUCUUCUGAGAAAUCAAGUCAGAAUGACCAAAGACGGCCUCAAGGAUGUUGUGGAUGCUCUGCAAAGCCCUUUGGUAGAAGAGAAGAGCUUCAUCCCCGUGGAGAGGUCUGACACGACCUUCCUGUUGCUUGUAGGUCAGGAUGACCACAACUGGAAGAGCGAGUUCUAUGCCAAUGAGAUCUCCAAACGCUUACAGGCCCAUGGGAAGGAGAAGCCCCAGAUCAUCUGCUACCCAGAAGCGGGGCACUACAUUGAGCCCCCUUACUUCCCACUGUGCAAGGCUGGCAUGCACCUCCUGGUGGGUGCUAAUAUCACCUUUGGAGGGGAGCCUAAGCCUCAUGCCGUGGCCCAGGUGGAUGCAUGGCAGCAACUCCAGACUUUCUUCCACAAACACUUGGGUAGUAAGAGUUAGGAGGUCAUUCCUAAAAUAUUACCCAUUAUCUGAUGGUUCUGGAGAAAACUUCAAAUAUACUAUCAGAGUAUCAGUUCUGUCUAAUUCAUAUGGAUAUAUUCUAAUUCCUUAAUUUUUUUUCUUUCUUUCUUUUUUUUUUUUUGAGACAGGGUUUCUCUGUGUAGCUCUACAAUGGCCUGGAACUUGCUCUGUAGACCAGGCUGACCUUGAACUCCUGUAGAUCUGCCUGCCUCUGUCUCCCAAGUGCUGAGACUAAAGGCGUGUGCCACCACUGCCCAUCAUAAGUUUUUUCUUUAUGUAAUAAAAUAAUAAGUGCCUAUGAAAGACUGACGGUAUAGCACAGUGGUAAUGCAUUCGUCUUCUGAGCAUCGUGCCCUGAGCUCAUUCCCCAGUGCCAUGAGACAGCAAAGAAAUUAAAGCUUACUUAUAAAAAUAGUGCCUGUUGAGCUGGUGAGACGGCUCGGUGGGUAAAGGGGCUUGCAGUCAUGCUGACACCCCAGGACCCACAUGGUGAAAGAGAGAGCCAAGUCUGAGAAGUUGUCUACACACACACAUACACACACACACACACACACACACACACACACACACACUUGUGUAAAUAAAAUGUCAUCUAAAAUAGUGCCUAUCCAAAAAAGGAGUUAUUUUAUAUCAUGAUUUAAAGGGAACCUUAAGUAUGAACAUUCUUCUUAAAAUAAAAAAUUAUUAUAGACAAA